AUGAAUGAUUUAGAAUAUUUCAUUAUGAGCAUUGCUCAAUCAAUAAUCAACCAAAACAGUUGUGAAAUAUCCACAAAAGCAAAUGGUGAAAUGAAAGUAGCCAUUAUGGACUUCUUUGUAGCAUUCAAUGGAUCUUCAUACACAAAGACAAUGCAAAAUACAAUUUUAUUCAAACCUGGGAAAAAGGAACAGAAAACCAAGCUAAUCAAAACUAAUACGCACCUUUAUCACAUAGUUGACAUAUUAUUACUAUCAGGAUUAUUCUUUGAUGAUUUAAUUGAUGUGAAUAUCACUGGAAUUACUGAUAUGGUCGAUAGUUUCAGAAUAACGCAUUGGAAGGUGUUCAGACAGAUUAGAUACGACGGAUUCAAGUUGAUAAUACAUAAGCGUGGAUUUGCACCAGAUGGUGAUGGAUUGAUCAACCUGAAGAUCAUUCCAUAUUUGAAGAAAGAUGAAUACAACAAAAAAGAGCAUAGAAACACUAUGAGUAGAUUGGGUGUGAGUUAUAGGAAUAUAAAGCAGAUUAAAGCAGAUGAAGUGACUAAAAUAAGAGGAUUGGUGGUUUCAAGCAGAAUUGGAAGUGAUUUCGUAAGCAGAAUGACCAAAAUAAUCAAAGAACGGUGUCAGGAACAAGUGAAGAACACCAAAGUGCUUAGCAUUUUGAACAAUAAAAAUGAUUCAGGGCCAUCAGCUGGAUAUGAAGCAUUUAUUACAGCCGAAACAGAUUCUGGAAUAUUCUAUUCAGGCAGAACAGCACAAUCAAAUGAUAAACCAGAGAUAUUGAUCAAUGAAGUCAUUGAUGAGUUAUUUGAAGCAAUUGAUCAAGAAGUGAUCUACGAUAAGAAGUUAUUGAAUAGAAUAUUCUUCUAUAUGGCAAAUGGAUCAGGAGUAGGACAACUUGCAUGUAAGGAAAUAGAUGAAAAGUGUCUAGAAGCGAUCAAAGAGUGGUUUGGUGUUGAUUACGGUCUCAAAAAGAGUGGAGAAUAUAGAAUUAUCAGUAUCAUUGGAAAAUAUCAAUAA